UCUCUCUUUCUUUAUUUACAGUUACAACUGCUUUAAUGUGUUACGACUGUAAUAGUGAAUAUGAUGGACGUUGCGGUGAUCCAUUCGAUCCUUAUUCAAUAGGUGAAGUCAACUGUAGUAAACAGGAACCACGUGAACAUCUCAAGGAUAAGUAUAAACCAAUUUUAUGCCGUAAAACUGUACAAAGGGUUUAUGGCAAGGUGCGUAUUGUUAGAGGUUGCGGUUAUAUACCCGAUGAACGUACCGACGAUAACGAAUGCCUGAAACGUUCGGGUACCCAUGAUGUACAGGCUUUGUAUUGUGCCUGCACCACUGAUUUAUGCAAUCAUGCUGCAUCAACAUUAAAUAAUAAUAAUAAUAAUUAUUUAAUUCAUUUAAUGCCCUACACAGUAGCUGCCCUCUUUAUAAUGUUUUCGUGUCAACGUAUUAAUUUUCAUUUAAAACAAAAUUCAUAAAUAUUAUUAAAAAAACACUAAAAUAGCAAAUUAAAUGAUUAUUUCAUUAAAUGUUAAAAAAGCAAAGAAACUAAUUCGUAACUAAAAGGGCAGAAGUCAUAGAUGAAAAAUAGUUAAAGAUAAAGAAAAUAUUGAAAAAAGGGAUAAAAUAAUUAAGCUAAAUUAUGAAAAAAAUAUAAAAAAUAAAACAAAAAAAACCAUUUACGCUUGACGAUAAACAUGAUAAAACAAAAAAAACUUUAAUAAUAAUAAGUUAUUAAAUAAUUGAAAGAGUCUAUAUGAAAAAAACUUAAAAAAAUUAUAACAAAAAUUAAAAAUUUAGGUUUGAAUCUUAACAACAAAUAAAUAGCUAAAAUUUUAAAGAAUUUUCUUUUUAAUUAUUGUUUUUUUUAAUUAUUGUUAAUUUUUUUUGCGGUUUUUUGAAUAAUUAUUUAAAUUUAAAACUUUCAUUUCCAAACCAUACAAUAGUAAAACUGCCUAAAGAUUUAUUUAUAAAUUUUAAGUAUUAAUAAGGUUAAGAAGAUUUAAUAAUUAAAUAGUAAUUUAAACAAAAAAAAAAAAAAUAAAGAAAAACUAUGGCUUUUUUCGAAAAUGUUAGAGAAAA